CCACAAACCCUAAUACCCCAGGGCAACGGGAGAGAGAUAGAGAGAGAGAGAGAGAGUGAGGACACAGAUUCCGAUACAACUUAUGAAGGCAAGCCCGCCCUGCAGAGAAGAAAAAGAAGCUAAUUGAUAUAUAAGCCAUUCAGCAUUUGGUUGGUUGAUGGUGAUGGCGGCUCCUCCGCUGUCGUCGACCACCUUUGCCUUCAGUACUUUCUCCUCCUCCUUCUUCUUCUUUGCAGUCUCAUCCCUUCUCAUCAAUCCCGCCGCUUCAGACACCAAGUCAGCCGAUGUUUCUGCCCUUAAUGUCAUCUUCCAAAGCUUAAAUAGCCCUUCUCAGCUCUCUGGCUGGAAGUCCAAUGGAGGAGACCCUUGCGACAAACCCUGGCAAGGAAUCACCUGCUCCGGCUCUUCUGUCACUGAAAUCAAAUUGCCAGGUCUUGGCUUGUCUGGUACCUUGGGCUAUCAGCUCUCCAGUUUGACAUCUGUAACCUACUUUGAUUUCAGCAAGAAUAAUCUUCAUGGUGAUAUUCCAUACCAGCUCCCGCCGAAUGCACUUCACAUAGAUCUUGCGGGGAAUACAUUAACUGGUGGGAUACCUUAUUCGAUCUCACAAAUGACUGACCUUGAAUAUCUAAACCUUGCCGGUAAUCAGCUUAAGGGCCAAAUGUCUGACAUGUUUGGGAAACUACAGAAGAUGUCCGAGCUGGAUCUGUCAUUCAACCACUUCUCUGGUGACCUGCCUGAAAGUUUUGGAUCUCUCAGAAACCUUAAAACUUUGCAUCUGCAGAACAACCAGUUUAGUGGUUCGAUAAAUGUUCUUGCUGAUCUCCCACUUGAUGAUUUGAAUGUUCAGAACAACCAAUUUACUGGCCAGGUUCCACCCAAAUUGAAAGAUAUUGACAAUCUACAAAUUGAUGGAACUUCUUUAUCUGGUUCAUCGAGUAGUAAAAAAGGAGGAAAAGCUAAGGGCAUGAAUAUAGCAAUCAUUGCUGGGGUAGUUAUAGCUGUGUUGCUUGUCAUUGUGUUGCUACUGGCCGUGCUGAGAAAAGCAAAAUCAUCUUCAGCUUCAUCUCCUUAUAUUGAUGAACACUCUUACCAGAACAGAUCAUUUACACCUUUAGCUGAUAAUGAGUUAAUAGAGCAAGCAGUGGUGUCUUCUUCCCUUAACUUGAAGGGGUUACAGACGUCUCCUCCUAUGGACCUUAAACCCCCACCUCCUGGUCCCCAUGAAUCCUUAAAUGAGAAUGAAUUUUCUGUUAAACUCAACAAACAUAGCAUAGGUCAUGCUCAUGCCAUAACAUAUUCAUUGAUAGAUCUGCGAGCAGCUACUGGGAGCUUUAGUUCAAGUCGACUUCUUGGAGAGGGAUCCAUUGGAAGUGUUUAUAAGGCAAAAUAUGCAGAUGGAAAGGUUUUGACUGUGAAGAAAAUAGACUCAAAGCUUCCCGGAGACAGCUCUUCAGCUUUUAUGGACAUAAUUGCUGCAAUUUCUCGGAUGCAUCAUCCAAACAUUUCCGAAUUAAUUGGUUUCUGCUCGGAGUCUGGUUAUCAACUUUUAGUUUAUGAAUUCCAAAGGAAUGAAUCUCUUCAUGAAUUCCUACAUUUAUCAGAUGAUUAUAGCAGGCCGUUGACAUGGGAUACUCGAGUCAGGAUUGCUCUAGAGACAGCUCGGGCUCUGGAAUAUCUGCAUGAGGUAUGCUCUCCAUCUUCUAUCCACAAAAACAUAAAGUCGGCCAACAUCUUACUUGAUGCUGAGCUCAAUGCUCACCUGUCUGAGUGUGGGCUAACAGCUUAUUACGAGGGACAAAAUUUGAGCCCUGGAUACGAUGCUCCAGAAUUCACCAACACCCGUGCCUACACAUUGAAAAGUGAUAUUUACAGCUUUGGGGUGGUUAUGUUAGAGCUAUUGACAGGUCGGAGGCCUUUUGACAGUUCCAAGCCAAUGGCAGAGCAGUCGUUAGUUUCUUGGGCCAUACCACAACUCCACGACAUGGGUUCAUUGAAGCAGAUGGUGGAUCCUGCCCUUCAUGGACUCUACCCACCUAAAUCUUUAUCUCGAUUUGCUGAUGUUAUUGCGCAGUGUGUUCUGUUGGAACCUGAACUGAGGCCUGCAAUGACAGAAGUGGUGCGAUCCUUAGCUCAAUGUGUUCGUCCUGCUGGCAUUAACAACAAAUUGAGUGGAAAGAUGAGUACUUCCCUACGGAGUGAUGAUUCGGAUUACGGAUACUAUUGAUGCUAAUUUGUACAUAGAUUCAGUCUGAUGGUGGAGAACCGACUUUUAUCAAAGCAUUUAUUGACAUAUUUAUAUCUGAUUUUCUAGUUCUAGGAUGCUAAGUUGUAUUGCCACAUGCAUCGCUUUCCCUUUCUCUCAGGCACUGGUUUCCUUUGAUA